AUUCUAAGCAAGCAUUCCUCAUUGCGGUACAAAAUGGCGAAGGUCAAGAUGUUAAUUUGUUCAAUAUUAGCUUUGGUUGUAGUGGGCAUUCCUGCAUUUGCUGAGAAUUGCGGGAGUCAAGCAGGCGGAGCCGUGUGUCCAGGUGGGCUAUGCUGCAGCCAGUAUGGAUGGUGUGGUAAUACCCCUGACCAUUGCCGAGUGCCUGGUUGCCAAAGCCAGUGUGGAGGAGGAUCUGGGCCAUCCCCUCCAUCCCCUUCUGGCCAAGGCGUGGCUUCCAUUAUUACUGAAAAUGUGUUCAAUCAAAUGCUCAAGCACAGAAACGAAGGGAGUUGUCCUGGCAAGAAUUUCUACAAUUACAAUGCCUUUAUCGCAGCAGCCAAAGCCUUCAACGGCUUUGGAACCACUGGUGAUAUCACCGCUCGGAAAAGAGAGCUCGCUGCUUUCUUAGCCCAAACAUCGCAUGAAACCACCGGGGGGUGGGCGAGUGCACCAGAUGGUCCAUACGCUUGGGGGUACUGCUAUCUCAAAGAAAAUGGCGGCGGAGAUUACUGUAACUCACAGCAGGCUCCCUGCGCUUCUGGAAAGCAAUAUUAUGGCCGAGGGCCCAUCCAGCUAUCAUGGAACUAUAAUUAUAUAGCGGCUGGGAAGGCAAUAGGCUUCGACGGAUUGAACGACCCAGAUAUUGUUGCUCGAGAUCCCACAAUCUCGUUCAAGACGGGGAUCUGGUUCUGGAUGACGGCGCAAUCUCCCAAGCCGUCGUGCCACGACGUCAUGACGGGCAGAUGGAAGCCCUCGGGCAGCGACAGCGCUGCGGGCAGAACUGCCGGAUUCGGAGUGACCACCAAUAUAAUUAACGGAGGGCUGGAAUGUGGAAAAGGAUCGGACUCCAGGGUGCAGGAUCGCAUAGGGUUCUAUAAGAGGUAUUGUGAUAUAUUGGGAGUGAGUUACGGGCCUAAUCUGGACUGCUUCAACCAGAGGCCCUUCGGUUUUGCCCUUGAGACACCGCAAAUCAUCCAGACAGUGGUGUGAAAGCCCGGGCUCGAGGCCGUCAACGGGAGCGUUAUGUAACUAAAUAAUGUUUUGUGUGAAUUUUGGCGUUGCUUAUCGUCAGAAGAGCAUUUUAUAUAGUAAUUGCCAAUAAUAUUUGUAAUAAAUUCCCAUCGUUGAAUGGAAGAGCUCUCGCUCUCUCUUUCUCAAA